AGAAAAUCAACACACUCUAUCCUGUUUUCCAGCUGUGGCCACCUGUCGCCCUGACGAAUUCCAGUGCUCUGAUGGAACUUGCAUCCAUGGCAGCCGGCAGUGUGACCGGGAAUAUGACUGCAAGGACCUGAGCGAUGAAGUUGGCUGCAUUAACGUGACACUCUGCGAGGGGCCCAACAAGUUCAAGUGUCACAGCGGCGAAUGCAUCAGCCUGGACAAAGUCUGCAACAUGGCUAGAGACUGCCGGGACUGGUCAGAUGAACCCAUCAAGGAGUGUGGGACCAACGAAUGCUUGGACAACAACGGUGGCUGUUCCCACAUCUGCAACGACCUUAAGAUUGGCUACGAAUGCCUGUGUCCCGACGGCUUCCAGCUGGUGGCCCAGCGAAGAUGUGAAGGUGAUUCCCGGGUGGGACUGAGCCCUGGGCCUCCUCUGCACUUCCUGACAUGGCGACUAAACCCCUCGUGCCUCAGUUUCCCCAUCUGUUAAGUGGGCCUGAAAGCAGUUAGUAGGGCUUCAUGAGAUUCCACAGACAUGGAAAACUAUCAUUGGCUGGCCAGAGGUUCUUGUCUCUGGGGAUUAAUAAUUAAGAAAU